CGGCAUGUCCAAGGAAGAGUUUGUCGAGAUGAUGACAUCGUUUGUCUUCGACGUGCAGCAGAGCGUUGGAUUCGACACUGACGCUUCCCGUGAUCUCUUGGCAAGGCUUUAUGCGGCACUGGAACCCCUUCGCUCGCAUUGCCAGACGUCGCAGGAGGCGGUGAAUCAGUUGGAACGACAGAUUGGCCGGCAGCUAGCCCUUCGCCAUGCAGACCUGCGGACUCGGUUUCUCCACUUUGAUCGACACGUCAGUGGGUACAUGAGUUACGUGGACUUUCAGCACGCCCUCGAUGUCCUCAACCUUGACGCCGACCCUGCUGUGCUCACCCGUCUGUUUCAAAAGUACGACCCGCAAGGACAAGGCCGCAUCAACUACACCAACUUUCUGCAUCUCACCCACGUUACAGACUCGGAUCCACCGCGGUCAGAAGCACACGACGCCAUGAUGCUCUCCCAUCCCCCUCCGUAUCGUCCUCCAUCCGACAACCAAGACUUGGAACACCUGGAGCACCGCCGCACAGACGACCUCGUGGCGCGCAUCCGAGCUAAACUGUAUCAGCGUGGCUUGUCCGUUCGCGAAUUGUUCCUGUCCAUGGACCAAGGCAGGUAUUCGUACCUGACGCUACAAGAAUUGCAUCACGGGUUCACUUCGAUCCUCGGCAUUGACUUGCACAUCAAGGAACUGAUGCAUUUGACACGGCAUUUAACCCGGAAACGCACUGACCUGCUCUCCUUGUCCGACUUUGCCUAUCUCCUGGAAGGCCUGUCCAUGUUCCAUCCUACUACAAGUGCAACAUCAGUGGGGGGUAGCUCCUCGCCCAUCUCAGUGAUGAAGCCGCCUUGCCCAUCCAAGAGCUUGGGGCUACCAGCGCCGUCCUGCUUGAACCCGUUAUUUGAAUCCCAACUGGCGUCGGUACUGCAAGACCAAGGCAAGAAAUCUCGCCGCGCCUUGUUUGAGAGCAUGGCUCCGCUGGGGUCGCUCUCCCCGUCGGCCUUCCACAGCCACUUGCGUCGAUGGGGCGUGCAUGUGCCCGACGACGCCGAGCUCGUGCGACUCGUGGGCUACUUCGACACGAACGGCAACGGCACCCUCGAAUUCCACGAAUUCAUUCGGCUCUUGCAGCAUCUGGAGAGGUCGUCGUAGCGUUGGAUUGCUGUGAUUUGAUUGCUGUGAUUUCCGAGCAAAAAAACUCGCCGCUGCGCUAGUGUGCUGGCAGGAACUAGGAAUGGCGCUUCGCGCAUGAAAUGUCACUACCCUCGAAACAAAUGAU